AUGUCUCUCUCAGUCCCUCCCCAGCGGCCCUCCAUGUGCCCCCGGCAGAUGUCGAGCAGCAGCUUUGCUGAUGCCUUCGAUGAUGCCCGGAGGAAGCUCGACGCCAUGGGCGUGCAAGAGCCCGGUGAAGACGAAGUGCUGUCGCCAUCACUGUCGUCGUCCAGCUCUGCCACCGACGUGAGCGCUACCUACUCGGUGCCGGCCGAGUCGCCCUCGCCUCUGAGCCCAGCCACGCCUACGACCGUUCCGAUCACUCCCAUGGUCGAGGAUGUCGCCGACAACUUUGCCUUUGCUUUCGACAUUGACGGCGUGCUGAUCCGCGGCGGGCGGCCGAUUCCCGAGGCCGUCGAGGCUAUGAAGGUUCUCAACGGCGAGAAUGAGUGGGGCGUCAAGGUUCCGUACAUCUUCCUUACCAACGGCGGCGGCAAGUUCGAGACGGAACGCUGCCGCGAUCUCUCACAACAACUCGAGAUCGAUGUCUCGCCCGGUCAGUUCAUCUGCGGCCACACCCCCAUGAGGGAGUUCGCCGACCGGUACGGCACCGUGCUUGUGGUCGGCGGCGAGGGUGAGAAGUGCCGUGAUGUGGCCGAGUCAUAUGGCUUCCGCGACGUCGUCACCCCUGGCGACAUCCUCAAGGCCAACGCGCACACUGCCCCGUUCCGCAAGCUGACCGAAGCGGAACACGCCAACUCGCGGGACCUACUCGCCCGCCAUGGCGCUGAGAAGCUCUCGGACAUUGUGAUCGAGGCCAUCUUCGUCUUUGCCGACUCGCGCGACUGGGCGUCGGACCUGCAAAUCAUCCUCGACAUCGCCCAGUCCAAGGGUGGCCGGCUCGAGACGCGGUCCGAGACCUUCGACGAAGGCCCGCCCAUCUACUUCAGCCACAACGACGUUCUGUGGUCGGCAGCUCACGAACACGCCCGCUUGGGCAUGGGCGCGCUGCGCCGCAUCGUUGAAACCGUCUUCGAGGACACCACGGGUGGCAAGAAACUCAAGACGCACGCCUUCGGCAAGCCGCAGGUGUCCACUUUCGAAUUUGCCACCCGCCUCUUGCAGCAGUGGCGCGCAACCCAGCACGGCCUGCGUCAGACGAAGCCGCCUGCGACGGUGUACUUUGUCGGCGACACCCCCGAGUCGGACAUCCGCGGCACCAACGCCAUGGACGCCAUUUCCGAGAACGAGUGGUACAGCAUCCUCGUCAAGACGGGCGUCUACCAGCCCGGUACCGAGCCCAAGUACAAGCCGCGCAAGCUGGUCGACACGGUGCUCGACGCCGUCAACCACGGUAUCCGCCGCGAGAUGUCCCGCUUGGGCUCGCGCAAGGAGGCCGGCGGUCGUAUGCUGCCCCUGGAUGAUGCCGCCCUCAAGGCGGUCGGUGAGGGGCGCACCCCCGAGUUUGAGGUGCAGGACAACUUCCUGACCAUGGCCUAA